AUGUACGUUGGAAUGGAGGGUUGCACAAGUGCCUUUAAUGCGAUGAACUCUAUACGUACAUGUGGACAUUUUGGUAUCGCCGCCCCACCAUCCUUCUUGGCAUUAACACGUAUGGAAGAUAUACAUGGUUUACAUUCUCAUAAUAGAAUACAAGACCCAGCGGGGGAUGUGAAUACCUCCGUUGUUACGAUUCCCCCCGCAACACGUGAAUGGGCACAGUUUGGUGAGAAAUUCUUUUUACAGGAUUCUUCUCUUCAGCAAUUUCCCCUCGUGGCGUUAGAGAACUUCACUUCUCGAGCAGAGAGUAUUCAUCUUUCUCGUGUCCCUGCCGCAGCACGCCUUGUGAUUGGACAUGAAAACAAUGGUGUAAGUAAGAAAUUCCUUGAUGGCAUAAAGGGAGAUGCUAAUAGUGAUUUCUUAGCGGAAAAGGUUAUUUACGUUCCACAGUAUGGUACCAUUAGUUCACUUAAUGUGGUAACUUCUAUGGGUAUUGCUCUUUUUUACACCGUGUUGGAUUUACAUUAUCCAAACUCACGGUCUUUAGCAGAAACUGCAAAAGAAAAGAAUCAAUGCAUGUUGAGUAGUAAUCAAUGGGAUGCACUUUGUGCCUAUCAACGUUGCUUUAAAGAAAAACUUCCAAUGAAAAAAGAUGAUUCCACCUUCUCACGUAUUGAUCAAAGACCUAUUCAUCCUUUAUAUUAUAAAAAAGAUAUUAAAAGUAUUAUGGAGUUACAUUAUAAUCUUCGUCAACUACUUUUGCGCAUAUGCUCUUUUGAACGAGUUUCAUCCAAAGCUUUACGUUUUGGUUUAUCGGUACUGUAUGAAAAUAUGAUGGAUCAACGUAGUCUGGGUGGUAUUGUUCGUAGUGCGAAUGCCUUUUUGGUGGAUCAUGUCUAUUACUUUGGGCGUAAAAAAGUAAAUGUGGUUGGAACGAUAGGAACACAACAUUACACCCCACCUAUUUUCUUAGGCACAUCCUGCGAAGGAAAUUGUGAUGAGAGAGAAGUGUGGGCGGAGGAAUUACAAAAGCGGCUUGAGGAAGUGAGUGAGGCCCCAACCAUCUGGUGGUUUCUCGACUGUGGACACAGCUUUCUCUAUACAGAUGGGGUUGUGGAAUGUGAAGAUAGAGUGAAGGAAGAAGAGGAAGAAGGAGAAGAGGAGGAAAGGAAGAGACAUUCUCGUAAUAGUAAUAAACAAGAUUCCUUAAUGAUAAAGAAGAAGAAGAAGAUGCAGGAGGAGAGAGGAUUGACAGAAUCCCUCGCGUGGUUGCACACACACCGCCGUCAAGCCAACUUUACGUUAAGUCUCUGUGAUAGAGAAGAUCAUAUUUCUGCCGCGAUGGAUACAACAACCGCCUUGACUAAACCAUCUGUGGUGCUUUUGAUUCCACAAGAAGGCAUUCUUCCUCCCUUUUCUCUCUUACGGCGCUGCAGUAAAAUAAUCUCUGUAUUGCCAAUAAAUGAAGUGAAUGAUAAUAGUGCUGGUUUGCCUGUAUCUGUGGCUGCAGGAAUCGCGCUUCAACGACUAAGUGCAGUAAUGCAUCCUGAGGUUGCAUCUCUUUAA